UGUUGCAAAAAGGAAUCAAAAAUACACGCGAGGAGCUUUGCCAGCCGUGCUGGGUUACCAGCGAGUUUGGACUGCGAUAUACUAAACGAAUUUAAGAUUAAAAGCAACUUUGUGAGGACUCUAACAAACAAGAAAUCAGAAUUUUGUAUCUCUGUGAGUGCUAGAAGGGAUUGGAUGUAAGCACCGGGUCUCCAAUAUGGAGACGCUAGAGAGAAUUCAACCAAACAGGCAAGUGAUGGUCUUUAUUUUGAUGGUGUUCUUGUCUCAGGCUCUUGCUGAGCCUAUUCGUUAUUCUGUGAUGGAAGAAACAGAGAGUGGCUUCUUUGUAGCCCAUCUGACCAAGGAUCUGGGCCUGGGAAUUGGGGAACUGGCCGCCCGGUCGGCCCGGGUGGUGUCUGAUGAUGACAAACAGCGCUUGCAGCUGGAUCGUCAGACUGGAGAUUUGCUUUUGAGAGAGAAACUAGAUCGGGAAGAGCUAUGUGGCCCUAUUGAACCGUGUGUACUGCAUUUCCAAGUGUUCCUAGAAACGCCGGUUCAAUUUUUUGAAGGAGAAUUAUCAAUCCAGGACGUAAAUGACCACUCCCCAGUAUUCCCGACUGGGGAAAUGCUCUUGAAAAUACCGGAAAACAGCCAGCCAGGGACUCUGUUUCCGUUGAAAUUAGCUCAGGAUUUGGAUGUGGGCAGCAACGGUCUUCAAAAAUACACUAUCAGCCCCAAUUCUCAUUUUCAUGUUCUAACUCGAAAUCACAGUGAAGGUAAGAAAUACCCAGAUUUGGUGCAGGACAAACCGCUGGAUCGAGAAGAGGAGCCUGAGUUCAGCUUAACCCUCACGGGACUGGAUGGUGGGUCUCCACCUAAGUCUGGCACCAUCACAGUGCGAAUCCUGAUCAUGGACGUCAAUGACAAUGCUCCAGAGUUUGUGCACACCCCAUAUGAGGUGCAGGUCUUGGAAAACAACCCCCUGGACUCCCCAGUACUUAGUGUCUCAGCUAGAGAUGUAGAUGCUGGACACUUCGGGAGUGUUUCCUAUGGCUUGUUCCAAGCAUCAGAUGAAAUUAAACAAACUUUCUCAAUAAAUGAAGUCACAGGAGAAAUCCGACUGACAAAGAAACUGGAUUUUGAACAAAUUAAAUCUUACCACGUGGAAAUUGAGGCUAUAGACGGAGGAGGUCUUUCUGGAAAAGGCACUGUAUUCAUAGAUGUGGUGGAUGUGAACGACAACGCCCCUGAACUUAUCAUAUCUUCACUCACCAGCUCCGUCCCAGAAAAUGCUCCUGAGACUGUAGUCUCUAUCUUUAGAAUUCGAGAUCGAGACUCUGGAGACAAUGGAAAGAUGAUUUGCUCUAUACCAGAUAAUCUGCCGUUCCUUCUGAAACCGACUUUCAAGAACUUUUACACCCUAGUAACAGAGAGACCGCUGGACAGAGAGAGCCAGGCCGAGUACAACAUCACCAUCACCGUCACUGACCUGGGCACCCCCAGGCUGCAAACCCAGCACCACAUGACGGUGACGGUGUCCGACGUGAACGACAACGCGCCGGCCUUCAGCCACACCGCCUACACCCUGCGGGUGCGCGAGAACAACAGCCCCGGCCUGCACAUCGGCCGCGUGAGCGCCGCGGACAGAGACGCGGGCGCCAACGCGCAGGUCACCUACUCGCUGCUGCCGCCGCACGACCCGCGGCUGCCCCUGGCCUCGCUGGUGUCCCUCAACGCGGCCACCGGGCAGCUGUUCGCGCUCAGCUCCCUGGACUUCGAGGCGCUGCGCGCGUUCGAGUUCCGCGUGGGCGCGGCCGACCGCGGCUCGCCGGCGCUCAGCAGCCAGGCGCUGGUGCGCGUGCUGGUGGGGGACGCCAACGACAACGCGCCCUUCGUGCUGUACCCGCCGCAGAACGGCUCGGCGCGCUGCCCCGAGCUGGUGCCCAGGGCGGCCGAGGCGGGCUACCUGGUGACCAAGGUGGUGGCGGUGGACGGCGACUCGGGCCAGAACGCCUGGCUGGCGUACCAGCUGCUCAGGGCCACGGAGCCCGGGCUGUUCGGCGUGUGGGCGCACAACGGCGAGGUGCGCACGGCCAGGCCGCUGAGCGCGCGCGACGCCGUCCGGCACAGGCUGCUGGUGCUGGUCAAGGACAACGGCGAGCCGCCGCUGUCGGCCAGCGUCACGCUGCACGUGCUGCUGGUGGACGGCUUCUCGCAGCCCUACCUGCCGCUCCCGGCCGCGGCGGCGGCCGAGGCCCGGGCCGACCCGCUCACCGUCCACCUGGUGGUGGCCUUGGCGUCGGUGUCGUCGCUCUUGCUGGUGGCGGUGCUGGGGUUCGUGGCGGUGCGGCUGGGCAGGAGGAGCCGGGCCGCGGCGGGGGGCGGCUGCUCGCUGCCCGAGGGCCCCUUCGCGGGCCACCUGCUGGACGUCAGCGGCGCGGGGACCCUGUCGCACAGCUACCAGUAUGACGUGUGUCUGACGGGAGCCCCUGGGACUGGUGAGUUCAAAUUCCUCCAGGCGGUAUUUCCCAGCCUCUUGAUGGAGGACACGAGAGAAAUUCAAGAAAACCUCAACUGCAGGAAUAGCUUUGUAUUCAGUUGAAGAGUGUAUUUGGUCAAGUCAGCCUCUCCUUAAUUUUGGCAAACCUAACUCCCAUUGCAAUGCCUUUCUUUUAAGAAAUUUUGUUGUCUAAAUAUGUAUAUCUCUAUUCCAAAUUUAUGCAUGUCCCUGAUUGGGCUAAAUUUUCCUCCUUUUAUUAAUAUUCAUUGGACUUAGCAUUUUCAGUUACACUGGUUAUGGAGUAUGUAUAUUCUCUAUAUUUGACCUUCUCUUGGUGAUUAGUCUUUCCAUAACCAUAAAUUGCUCAAGUACUUUAGGAAAUUUUUAUUUAAAUCAACUCUUUACUGUCUUCAAGCUUUUGUGUAAUUGUGCAUUUCUAUAUAUUUGUGGUGUUUGUCUCUACCAUUAGCUUUAUCUUUAGAGUAUUUGAAAUUCUUUUAGCUACCUAGGCCUUUUUGACUAUCCUCCAGGCUAUGCCCCUGAAAAGCCAUGAGCGUAUAACUUAACCUACUUGUUUCUCUGAAAUUGUACAUAAACAUGCAUUUUGAUUAAAAUAUUAAGACACUAAAAUUGUGACUUCCUAUUGUGAACGCCAUACUUGCUAGAAUUUAAAAAAUGUAAUUGCCUGCUACUUACCUAGCAUACUGUAUGUGUUCCAUAAAUAUGAAUAUUAAAUUUAAAAAAAAUAUUCUCAUUUAUAAGCAAUAAUGAAAAUCUUCUAUAAUUUGGCAUGCUCACUAACCAAAACUAAGUCAUUGCUUAGUAAAAUCCUUUAAAACAAUUUCAGAACCUUAAAUAAACCUUAAAUCCUUUCGAAGGAUUCAAGAUAUGAAGGACAUCAUAUCUUCCUUGUCCUUCCUUUUGCCCUAUAAAUAGAAGUUCAAGUGUAAUUUAAUGUGUAUGUUUCUUUUGGUUUUCUUGCAGCUUCUCCCCACCUUUCAAAAGAGUCAGAGAAUUUCUUCUGAGUUUCGGUUAUUCUAUUCAGGCCUAUUCAAGGUUAUUGGGUGAUAGGAGAUUUUCGCUUUAAAUUACUUUGCAGACAUGAACAUCCUUUCUCAACAAGAUGUUUAAUUUUUGAUGUCCAAGUUAUCUUCUGUUCAAUGUAGCUUUGAGGUAUUUUAUGUAAAUUUACUUUAUCAAUUAUGCUAAAUUUCAUUUAUAAGAAAUGAGCAUUAUUUUGUCAUUUUGGACAAUAGAAUAGAAAUAGGAAUUAAGAAAUCUGAAGUAUAAUUGUUUUAUGUUGUGUUCAAUAAGCAAAGUAAGCUGAUCAUGUCGUUUCCAACUAAAUUUAUAUCGAUAUAAGUGUAAAACCUCUUAAUUGAACUUUUGGCACAAUGUGAGCAAUUGAAGAGCUUGCUUUAUAAUCUAUUUACUUUUAUUAUUUUUAUUUAUUUAUUUAUUUAUUUUAUUCAUGAGAGAGCAAGAGAGAAAGGCAGAGGGAGAAGCAGGCUCCCAAGGAGCAGGGAGCCCGAUGCGGGACUCGAUCCCAGGACCCUGAGAUCAUGACCCGAGCUGAAGGCAGACGCUUAACCAUCUGAGCCACCCAGGCGCCCUAAAUAUUUAUUUUUAAAUCUCAAGGGUCAUCCUACUGGAAUUUAAUUAUUUGUACUUAUCCCUGAAUUACUUUUUUUUGUGCUAAGGAUAUAAUAAUGACAUAAAUAAGGAAAACUACUGGUUAAGUUAUUCUUGAAACAUAACUUUCAGCCUUCGUCCAGUCUAAAAAUUGAAAUGAGAAAGUGAUAAAAAUGAGAACAAAAUUAAACACUUAAUAUAUACUAUAUAUAUAUACUUAAAUAAACCUUAAAUCCUUUCAAAGGAUUCAAGAUAUGAAGGACAUCAUAUCUUUCUUGUCCUUCCUUUUGCCCUAUAAAUAGAAGUUCAAGUGUAAUUUAAUGUAUAUGUUUCUUUUGGUUUUAUGUAUUUAUAGACAUAAAUAGUACAUAUAUAUAUAGACAAAAAUAUGGUAGUCAACUUUAAUGAUUACUCCAUUUACUAGCUAUUUAAAUGAAUAGCUUUUAUAUAUGAUGAUGAGAAAUCUUAUUGAAGUUUUCACCAGUAUAUUUCAACAUUAUGAAAAUCCAAGUCACCCUUUUUUUGUUUAUGUCAGAAAAGUCCAAUUUGUGUAAUUGCCCAAAUGAGACUGGCCAAAUAAACACCCAAACCCACGUUUAUGAAUUUCUGUGUAAAUUUGUGAAUUACUUUGUGUAUUAUUUUAUUGAUUACUGUGUGUAUUCAUAAAGCACAAAUCAUUCCUUAUUCCAGAUUUUGGUGUAGAAUGGAUCAAUAUUUUGAAAUUCAAUAAUUAAAAUUUAAUAGUAAGUGUGAUCCAAAAAACUUCCACAAAAUGCAUACCUUAUGAAAAAUCGGCCAGUUCUAUUGUUGUAAAACAAAAAUAAAGAAUGGAGGCCAAAUAUUUUGAUAAUAACGCUCAUUUUAAUCCUAUGUUUUCUCACAUGCUUCUUUUAUAAGUACAUCUUCCCAGUUUUAGUGAAAAAUAAUUGAAAUACAUCACUGUGUAAAUUUAAGGUAUACAGCAUGAUGCUUUGAAUUACAUAUAUUGUGAAAUAACUUCCACACACAAUAGGUUUAGCUAACAUCAUCUUUUAUAUACAUCUUUUACAAUUCCUUUAUUAUUUUAGGUACAGCACAUAGUGAAUUGAACAUAUGCUGUUUGGGGGGCAGAACUUUUACUAAAGGCACUGUAAGGCCCACAUCACUUCAAAACCCCCCCUCUUCCUUUACUACUGAAAGUUGCAAAAUACAGAUUUUAAGCAGGCUGAGGUUAAAAGUUAUGUAGUUGUUUGGUGGAUGUCUGCUUCCAGGUAGAAUGGAUGGAUUACCUAAUAGCAGAAACAACCAUAAAAACUUGUUAAAAUUCAGAAAUUAUAUGUUUGAAGCAACAGACAGCAGAUGAUAUAAUAAGAAACUCAAAGGGAUGGGGUGCCUGGGUGGCUCAGUCGUUAGGCGUCUGCCUUUAGCUGGGGUCAUGAUCCCAGGGUCCUGGGAUCGAGCCCUGCAUCGAGCCCUGCAUCGGGUUCCCUGCUCCGCAGGAGGCCUGCUUCUCCCUCUCCCACUCCCCCUGCUUGUGUUCCCUCUCUCGCUGUGUCUCUCUGUCAAAUAAAUAAAUAAAAUCUUAAAAAAAAAAAAAGAACUCAAACAGCUAAGAUUUCUUGGAGUUAUGAACUUACUUUUACAGUCAGUUUGCCCUGCGGAACUUUGCUAAGUCUUAGAACAGGCAAAAGGCUCCUGCUGCAGGCUAGAGCAACUUCAGUAGCCUUUGGCAGACUGGAAGAUUCAAGCCCAUGGCCAAUUUUUCCCCUCAAGAUACUUGUCAAACUCAGGGACAUUCCAGGGAAGAAGACUAAAAGCCUAAGUAAAAAAUCUCUGAACAGCAGAGUCAGUUUUGAUAGUCUUGAUACAUAAAGAUUAGGGUUUAGAACCUGUCAUGGGAAGGGACUGUGGAAAAUAAACUAAGUUCUCAACUGAUCAUUCUGGAGUGUUAGGUGCUUAUCAGGACUGCAAAGCACCUUGACUAAGCACAGUGCCUGUUUGGAUUAAUGAAAUUUGAUGAGACAUGUCUCUAUCAAGUUAACAGAGGAAAAGGUGAA